GCAUAAAUAAAAAAACGUGAUUUUUGAGUUAAUACUGCAGAAUUGUUCGUUAUAUCAUACUUCAUGUUGAGUGAAAAAUUCAUAUGAAUACCUCUUAUAUGCUCCGCUUGAGAAGAGAAUAUGUUUCCUAUUUUCCGUCAGUGGCUUGUGAAAAAUAUAUAAUAGUAUAACACUUGGUGGAUACAUACAUAUAUGUAAAAUAAUUGCGAAGUGCACACAUAUGGACACACACUGAAGUGAAUAAAAACGAAGUGGUAAAUCUAAACAUAAAGAAAAUAAAAUACAAAUUAACCAAAUUAAAAGUUGAAAAAAAAAAGCAACUGAGAGAAACGUUUUGUGAAGUGGGUGGUGAAAACACAAUAUAAUACAUACAUACUAUAUGACAUACGUGCGGUAAAAUUCACCAGUCCAAUAGUGCGCAAACACAAGGAAGAAAAGGAGAGAAACCAAAGGUGGAUAAAUCGGUUAAACGGCAUACAGUGGAGUGUGAAAAUAAAAGCAGUAUUGAAAUAAGCGUUUACAUUUUUUCUGCUAAAGGUGGUUACACAGUUAGUGCAUAAUAUUAAAAACUACCGCCAAAAACAUAAAGUGCCGUUGCUAAACAUAAGCAAAAUAAAAAGAGUGUCGCGAGUGCCGCUAAAAAGUGCCGGAAAAGAGGUACAACCCGUUAAAAGAAAAGUGCCGUAAAACUAAAAACCGAUAACUUUGGCCGUUAAAACGUUAGACUAUUUGUGGUAACAUCACGUCGGUACCGAACGGGCUUGCGUCAACACCAUCGUCCCACUGCUGCUGCGUCAACGGAUUCUCGCCGCUGCUGCGUCAACGUCAACACCAUCGUCCCACCGCUGCUGCGUCAACGCGGAUUCUCGCCGCUGCCAAGUCAACGUCAACAACACCGUCGCUGCUAACGUCGACGCCAGAUCCGUCUCUUCGUGGGAAUGAGCUGCAAUUGCAUUCUCUGCAAAAGGGAAGUGAACGCAGGCAAACCGCCUAUGCAUUCACAACAGGUUCAUUGGUCGCCGAGGGAUGCCACAGACGAUAUACAGCGACAACGCAACCAACUUCGUCGGCGCCGAUCGCAAGUUGCGCGAACUCAAAGAGGCGUUUCUGUCCCAGUCUCCGGAAGUAAUGAAAUUAGCCGCCGAAGAAGGGUUCAAAUUCGCCUUUAUACCACCGAGGGCGCCGCACUUCGGCGGGUUAUGGGAGGCGGCAGUGAAGUCCGCCAAACACCUCGCCGUGCGCGCAAUGGGCAACGUACUGCUCACCGCCGAAGAACUAGGAACACUGCUGGCCGAAGUGGAGGCCAUCCUCAACUCGCGGCCCCUCGCACCGUUGAGCCAGGAUCCCAACGACGGCGAAGCAUUGACUCCAGCACACCUGCUAAUAGGGUGCUCCCUCCGAGCCUUACCACCGGCACAAGUGUCAACGGACCCGAUUCGCUAUUGCGAGAGAUGGCAACUUGUUUGCUGUCUCAAGCAACAGUUUUGGCGACAGUGGUCCAAAACGUACAUUACCAGUCUUCAGCAGCGCAACAAAUGGCUGCACCCGAAACGCAACCUGCAGCCCGGCGAUCUCGUCCUCGUCCACGAAGACAACACGCCACCGCAGCAGUGGGCACUAGGACGAAUCGCCGCAACCGUAGAAGGACGAGACGGAAAGGUGCGAGUGGCAGACGUGGCAACCAAGGCAGGCACCAUUAAGCGCCCUAUUCACAAGCUCGCCCUGCUGCCUGUCGAAGUUGAAGGAUCAUGAUCCUGUCAAGGUGGCCGAUGUUGCGUCAUGCGACUUUAUAAAUCAAAAAAUAUAUUUUAAGAACUUAAUUUGUUAAAAUAAUUGUAUGCAUUAUAAAAUCUUUUACAUUAUGUAAAAUACUUACGAAUUUUGUAAUAUACAAGUAUAACCAUAAUCUACUACUUAUGUACUAGAAUAAUCUAUUACAAUGAAUUUAAGAUGCUGAAUUGAAUUAGAACUAUAUACUUACCCCUUUUUUGUAUACAUACUUAC